AUGGAGAUCCCGUCCUCUUUCGAACAGGCCGGCCACAUCGCGCACAUGAAUUUGAGAGACUCGCAGUUGCCUUACAAGCACCUCAUCGGCCAGGUCAUUCUGGACAAAAACAAGUCGAUCAAGACGGUCGUCAACAAGGUCGGCAGGAUCGAAACAGAAUUCCGGACGUUUGCCAUGGAAGUCCUAGCAGGUGAGGAGUCUACCGUGGUGCGGCUGAAGGAGCAUCAGUGCUUCUUCGAGUUUGAGUAUCGAGACGUCUACUGGAACUCGAGACUCCAGGAGGAGCACGGUCGCCUGGUUGAGGCGUUGUUCAUGCAGCCAAAGAAUGCUGCUUCUGCAAAGCCCGUUCUGGCAGACUGUACUUGUGGAGUGGGACCUUUCUCGCUACCCAUCGUCAAGCUCGUGAAUGGCGUCGUCAGCCAUGCGAAUGACCUGAACCCUGCUUCCAUCCGGUGGCUUCGUAAGAGCUGCGCGCUCAACAAAAUGGAGGAACAUGUCGUCGAGGUCGAGUCGUUGCCGCACUACAGCGAUGUUUUCGCCGCGCCCUCCACGGGCUCCCUGCUGGUUAUCCAUGAGCCAGGUGAUGCGCGGCAGUUUGUGCCGGACCUUUUUCAGAAGCGACACCCGGUGACUCACGCAGUGUUCAACCUUCCUGCAGCAGGGGUUGAGUUGCUCGACUGCUUCCGCGGCCUGGAUUAUCCUUCAGCGGGCUUGCCGACGCCGUUGGUGUGCUGCUACACCUUCAGCGAUGCUGCUGUCGACUCUGGCGGCAGCGACGGCUGUGUGGCGGACCUGCUUGCACGGCUGGCUGCUGCUCUCGGCUUACCGAAGGACGUGCUGCGCUGCGCCGACCUUCCGCUGAAAGGGCAAGUGGCCCUACCUUCGCCGCAGAUCAACGACAUGGUACAGCAAGCCCUCAGAGAGCAAACGGACGGCUACACUCCGGUUGCUGUGCGUCUGGUGCGCAAUGUGGCACCAACUCGGCACAUGUUUUGCGUGUGCUUCCGGGUGCCGAGACGGGCACCGGCCGGCGGAGACGAGGACAUGCCCCAAGUGCCCUCGGAGAAGCGGCCGAAACUGAGCUCGUGA